UGAUCAUCCCAUUUGUCUCUGCUGGUUAGCCGUGCUGGAAAAUCAGUUGCAGCUUUUGUAACUUUUUUACUUGAACAAAAACACAAGAAUGGAGAUCGGAACAGAGAUCAGCAAGAAAAUAAGAGCUGCUAUCAAGGGCAAGCUUCAAGAACUCGGCGCAUAUAUUGACGAAGAGCUGCCUGACUACAUCAUGGUGAUGGUGGCGAACAAGAAAACCUCUCAACAGAUGGCAGAUGAUCUUUCCCUUUUCCUUGGAAACAACACGAUCAAAUUCACAGCCUGGCUACAGGGUGUCCUUGAGAAGUUAAGAACUGUUGCCGUUGAACCUGCAUCGCUCAGGAAUCCCCUCCAGUCUGACAUAGGUGCUGUGUCCGGGAGGAGUAGAUCAUCUGUAAGUGAAGACAGCAGAGCAGAGGAGUUGAAGGUGCUCACAGUGUCCAGCUCGCGCUCUGAUAGGACGGAUGCACGCGUGUCCAGCUCUGCCCAUGAAAGCAGGAGGGGCACGUUGGAGAAGGGUUCCUCUCGUCUGACCUCCACCGUUAAGCCCCUCAUGGAGCUGCUCCCCUCUGAGGCUGUGAUUGACAUCAAACCAGAGAUGGAUGAUGACUUUAUCGCUGAAGACCCGGUAGAGACACCUGCCAGCCAUGGUAGAACCCGUAUUGGAGCUAGUAGACCCACAGCUGAAAUAUACAGACCUGGUCAGAGCAAGUUUUCAUCAGUUAGCUCUGCAGACACGUAUCGACACACAGAAGGAUCCUCUCACUCCAGGCAGCAGGACACCAGAGGAAGUAGAAUGUCAAGAGCCGGAUCCAGUAAGGAGGAGUUUUCGCGGAAGCGUAAGGCGCCGGUGGCGAGUUCAGUGGUGCGAGUGAGCCGAGCUGAAGACGAGGACAGCGAUGAUGUGGAAGAGGACGACGCCAGCUAUGGAGGAAGAGGCAUAUCGAGCAGAGUGUCCCUACCCUCCAAACCAGAACGCAAACCUACUCUCCCUCCGGCAAAGCAAGCCAACAGGAAUCUGAUACUGAAGGCCAUCUCUGAGGCUCAGGACUCCAUCACCAAAACUACAGCCUUCCCCACCACAGUACCCCAGAGGCAGACUGUCCCCGUGGCCCCUCGUACUCGCUUGGCCAGCACUGAAGAGAUGACUGCAGCCAUCCAGCUGGUCCAGGAGCACCUCCACAGCCUGGCCCCCAGGGUUUCAGCCUACACCUCCACAGAGCUUCCUCCAUCCAGACCACCUGCUCCAGCGAGAUCUCUAGCAUCACGCCUCCAGUUGGACAUAGCAGAGAACAAUGACAGAGCAGAGCAGAGUGAAUGUGGUGUUGAGGUCACUGCAAGCGGUGAGGCUAAACCCUUUGAUACCCGCUCCUUCAUUAUGAGUCAACCCCGACUGCAAGAACCUGCAGCAGCCAGGAGCCAGCAGCGCCUUCUGGUCAGAGAGGAUGUCCAGUCUGCAUUACCACGCAGCAUCCAGCCCAGUAAGGACAUCGGAGGGUCAGCCAGCCCAAAGUUCAUCGUCACAUUAGACGGGGUACCGAGCCCGAUGGGGAAUUUUGCAGACAGUGAGAUGGACCUGGAUGAAGUAAGACCACCCACAAGGGUCAUGGAGGGGGCUGUCAAUGUGAACAGGCAGCCGAAAGUCAGCGUGCUUCAAAGAUUACAGGGAAGAAUCACACCAGCAGACGAUGACGUGAUGGAUAUUGACAUGGCGGAUGAUGAUACAGUCCCUUUGAAGAAACAGAAGGUGCUGGAGCGCUGCAAGUUCUGGCCGGUCUGUAAGAGUGGAGAUGAGUGUAUGUACCAUCACCCUACAGCGCAGUGCAAGACAUUCCCCAGCUGCAAGUUUGGGGAUAAAUGCCUUUUUGUCCACCCUAAUUGUAAAUAUGACGCCAGGUGUACCAAGCCGGACUGCCCAUUCACACACGCCAGCCGCAGGAGCACAGUCGGUCCUCCUUCAAGGCCAGCAGUGCAGCCGGUGCAGACUACAGCCGUCUGUCGCUUCUUCCCAGACUGCAAGAAGAUGGACUGUCCAUUUUAUCAUCCCAAGGCUUGUCGCUUUGCGGCACAGUGUAAAAGAGCCGGCUGUACCUUCUACCACCCGAACAUAUCUGUGCCACCGAGACACGCUCUGAAGUGGACGAAAGCACAAAGCAGCUAACAAAGCCCUGACUGACGUCUGACGAGGCUCGACAAUGUGAAUCUAUGGAAGAUGUUCUGAAUAGCUGUCUAUAAAUGGUCAUUCUCAGAUUUCCUUAUUUCAUUCUGUUUUAAUGUUUUGUUUGAAAUCAUUUUUAAAGAAGUGGUUUUUAA